AGUAUAAAAAACAAACAGAAUUGUUUAUGGUCUCGUCAGAAAGCUGAAACAAUUGAAGAAAUAAUAGGCAUGUUAAAGCAGAAAAAUACAUGUACUAUAAAUAUUGCGAUAGUGAAAUACUUGUGACCAAACUAGCAGUGGAUAAUCUCAUUACUUGUGUAAAUGAGAGUAACGAUGUGUUAUCGCGACAACAAAUGAACAGUGAUCAAAUCUUCUUUAAUUGUGUAGUGUUUCGUUGGUACAAAAUAUCGUAGCCGCAAUGAUGAAGAGUACGUUACCUAAGGACAAACCUGGCAAAAUGAGGAUCCGAGCUUUCCCAAUGACUAUGGAUGAGAAGUAUGUGGAGAGCAUAUGGAGUUUACUUAAAAAUGCAAUACAAGAAAUUCAGAAGAAGAACAAUUCGGGUCUUUCAUUUGAAGAACUUUAUCGCAAUGCUUACACCAUGGUUCUCCACAAGCAUGGUGAGAGACUUUACACUGGGUUGAAGGAAGUUGUCACGCAGCAUCUUGAAACAAAGGUGAGGGAAGAUGUUUUGCACUCGUUACACAAUGGCUUCCUGCAGACCCUAAACAAUGCGUGGACAGAUCAUCAGACUAGUAUGGUUAUGAUUCGAGACAUACUCAUGUACAUGGACAGGGUAUAUGUACAACAAAAUGAAGUGGACAAUGUGUAUAAUCUGGGACUUAUUAUUUUUAGAGAUCAGGUUGUUCGCUACGGUUGCAUCCGUGACCACCUCCGUCAAACGCUGCUGGAGCUGGUGGCUCGCGAGCGACGCGGCGAGGUGGUGGACCGGCUGGCCAUCCGCAACGCCUGCCAGAUGCUGAUGGUGCUCGGCAUCAACUCGCGCGCCGUCUACGAAGAGGACUUCGAGAAGCCCUUCCUGCAUCAGUCUUCAGAGUUUUAUAGGAUGGAAUCUCAGAAGUUCCUUGCGGAGAACAGCGCGGCGGUGUACAUCAACCGCGUGGAGGCGCGGAUCGCGGAGGAGGCGGAGCGCGCGCGGCACUACCUGGACGAGAGCACCGAGCCGCGCGUCGUCGCCGUGCUCGAGCACGAGCUCAUCGAGAGGCAUAUGAAGACUAUCGUUGAGAUGGAGAACUCAGGCGUGGUGCACAUGCUGAUGCACACGCGCACGCUGGAGCUGGCGUGCGUGUACAAGCUGCUGUCGCGCGUCGCCGAGGGGCUGCGCACCGUCGCCGACGCCGUGUCCGCGCACCUGCGCGAGCAGGGCCGGGCCCUCGUCACCGACACGCACCACAACACCAACGCCAUCACCUUCGUGCAGAAUCUGCUCGACCUGAAGGACAGAUUUGAUCAUUUCCUUCAAAACUCGUUUAACAAUGAUAAGAUUUUCAAACACAUGAUUGCGUCAGACUUCGAAUACUUCCUCAACUUGAACAGCAAAUCGCCAGAGUUUUUAUCGCUGUUCAUCGACGGGAAGUUAAAGAAGGGUGAAAAAGGCAUGAGUGAACAAGAAAUCGAAGCUGUGUUGGACAAAACUAUGGUACUGUUCAGAUUCUUACAAGAAAAGGAUGUGUUUGAGCGUUAUUAUAAGCAGCACUUGGCCAAACGAUUGUUGCUCAACAAAUCUGUCUCCGAUGACAGUGAGAAGAAUAUGAUCUCUAAACUGAAGACUGAAUGCGGUUGUCAGUUCACAUCAAAGCUGGAAGGAAUGUUCAAAGACAUGACCGUCUCGAACACUAUAAUGGAAGAGUUCAAGGAGCAUGUGCUGUCAUCCGGGAUCAAUCUUCACGGCGUAGAUCUUUCAGUGCGUGUACUAACCACCGGCUUCUGGCCCACACAAAGCGCGACGCCGAAAUGCAACAUACCUACAGCGCCACGAAAUGCAUUCGAAGUUUUCAGAAGCUUCUACCUAGCGAAGCACUCUGGGCGGCAGCUGUCGCUGCAGCCGCAGCUGGGCAGCGCGGACCUGAACGCGACGUUCCGCGCGGCCGCGUCGUCGCCGCCGCGCUCGCCGCCCGCGCCCGCCGCUCCGCGCCGACACAUCAUACAGGUCUCCACCUUCCAGAUGUGUGUGCUGCUGCUCUUUAAUAAGCGCGAACGACUCACUUACGAGGAAAUACUCAACGAGACUGAUAUACCAGAGAAAGAUCUUGUCCGGGCCCUACAGUCGUUAGCGAUGGGUAAGCCCACCCAGAGGGUGCUCAUCAAACAGCCGAAGACAAAGGAGAUAGAACCAUCUCAUCAAUUUUACGUGAACGACGCCUUUACAUCUAAGUUACAUAGAGUUAAGAUCCAGACGGUAGCGGCUAAAGGCGAGUCUGAACCGGAGAGACGCGAGACACGUAACAAAGUUGAUGAAGACCGCAAACAUGAAAUAGAAGCGGCCAUUGUGCGCAUCAUGAAAGCCAGAAAGAAAAUGGCGCACACACUAUUGGUCGCGGAAGUGACGGAACAACUGCGUGCUCGCUUCCUGCCGUCGCCGGUGGUUAUCAAGAAGCGCAUCGAAGGGCUGAUCGAGCGCGAGUACCUGGCUCGCACGCCUGACGACCGCAAAGUCUACACUUACGUCGCAUAGGCCACCACAAACUCAAGAUCGUUAUGUCCUUGAAGGGGAUGCCAAGUUAGAAGUGAUAGAAGUAACAAAAGUAUUUAAAUUAUUUCAAAAUAAAAAUUAUUAGUUAUUAUUCAA